CUGCUUGCAGAUUUCAUUUCAUGUUCCGAAUGGUUUAUAUCGGCAGACGAUAUAAACCAACUUAAAACUUGUAAAGGAAUAAUUGAAUUAAUGUAGAGUAGGGCACUAGGACCCAGCAGAGAGCAGAGGCUAGAGACCAAUUGCAAGCUUGUCUGGAAGGGCGUCAAUUCUCUAACAGGGAAAAAGCUAUUUUUCUACCAUCUGGGUCAAGUCAACUCUAUACCAACCUUUAUGAGGAAUAUGGUCUUGCCAUGUUCUCGAUCCCUCAGGUUACAGGCUGCACCUGGUUGGAGAGAAGCACUACAAAUGUGUCAUUUGAUGGAGACCGAGCAGAGUGAAGAGGGGCUCAGCAAACUACGAGUGCAUGCGCAGAACCCUGUUCAGAUCCCUGCAGGUACCACCAGUGAUGACUCCAGCCACAGGUCCAAAAGGUUUUAAAGGUGUCUCUUGGGGAGGCUGGAGCUAACCUUGAUGUGUAGCAGGCAGAAGACCCACUGAUCCAGGAGUUUCACUUCUGGGACAGACGACAACAACCAAAUAAGGAUGAGAGGAAGAAGGCAUCGCCCAUGCUCCUGAAGCUCUUGAAGCAGUGGGAUCGGGUAAUUGAGGUGGAAUCACCGGAAGGGGGACCAACGUGGAAUCAGCUUUUAUUAUCGCAAAAACUGCAAGGGGAUGUCCUCCUUAGCCUUCAUGACAACCCUGGCCACCAAGGUGUGGAACGGACAGCAGAUCUCAUUUCGGAGGAGAUACUAUUGGCCAGCCGGUCACCAUGACGACCAAGCGUGGACUGAUAACGGAUUCGUUCAAGGUGGUGAAGAAAGGAAGGAGAGGUGGCAAACGGCAGAAGCAACGGGCGACGCCUCCUCCUUCUCCUCCUCAGCAAGAGUCUGACAGUGAAGCGGUCAGAGAGGACGAGCUGCACAAGCUCAGACAGUUUGAUCUGGACUGGAGGUUCGGGCCGUGCACAGGGAUCAGCAGGCUGCAGAGGUGGGAGAGAGCAAAGCUUCAUGGUCUGGAUCCACCUGAGGAGAUCAGAGAGCUGCUGCUGCUGCCGCAGACGCACACUGACCCCGAGUACACGCUGAGCCUGUGGAGAGAGUAUCCACUGUGAGGACGUCCAAUCAUCCCGGAGACGGAGAGAGAAAAGUCGCCAGAGCUCGACAGAAGUCACAUCAAGCUCGCGUCUGUGUCGGACAUUUUGAAUCAUGUGAUCAAACAAAGAAGCGUCAGAAGGCUUCCUGUGCGGCCUUAAGUGGACACUACGGCAACAGAAGAGGAUCACUCUCACAUCCUGGAGGCAGGAAAACGUGUCUCCACACGUUUGUUUGUUUCUUUUAAGUUAAAGUGACACUAUGUUGUCUCUUAUGCCCCAAGUUUAAUUCAUAUUUUUAAUUAAAAGCUACCAAACCUG